AUCCCUUUGGACUUUCUCUUCUCUUUCCUCACAUCACAUUCGGUGUAUGUAUCCCUUAUAUUAGCCACGUUAACAUUAAGCGCCGCCCCCGCCAUUUAUAUUUGCUCUCAAUCUUUUUACCACAUCCACUUUUCUUUUCCAAAACCUCUUCAUACACACACCUUCUUUUUCUUCCUUUUCUUUCUAUAUAUAGUGACAAAGAAAAUUGGUGUUGGGUUUGAUUUCGAUGGAGAAUUAUUCCAUGUUGUUCUCUGUUUCCAAUUCCUCAAGCUACCCAAUUGGAGUUGGAAGCUCUCAAAUUGGUUAUAGUGGUCAAAGCUCCAAUGCGUUUCUUGGUCUAAGGCCUAGUAAUGAAUUAGCUAGUGAUGAUCAUGAGAAGAGACAAGGUGGUGGUGAUGGCAAUAUGUUAAUGUCUCAGAUCAGUGGUGGUAGCAUUAAUGUGAGUGAUGAGUUAGGUGGUUCGGGAAAUAGUAACAAUAAUAAAAAGAAAGGAGAGAAAAAGGUUAGAAAGCCUAGAUAUGCUUUUCAAACAAGGAGCCAGGUUGAUAUUCUUGAUGAUGGUUACCGAUGGAGGAAGUAUGGCCAAAAAGCUGUUAAAAACAACAAAUUUCCAAGGAGCUACUACAGGUGCACGCAUCAAGGGUGCAAUGUGAAGAAGCAAGUGCAACGCUUAACCAAAGACGAAGGAGUAGUGGUAACCACUUAUGAGGGAGUGCACACACACCCAAUUGAGAAGACAACAGAUAACUUUGAGCACAUUUUGAGUCAGAUGCAAAUAUACACUCCCUUCUGAACCUUCUUCUCCACAAACAGUAUCUCAAUUGGGAACUACUUGCAGUACUUUUGUUCCCCCUUUGAUACAAAAAUAAAACUGUGUCAAUAGAAAGUAAGAUCUAGUUUAUUGCAAAACUCUUCUUAGACAAUCUUCUUUUUUUCUUUCUUUCCAUUUGUUUUUUUAAAUUGGAAUAUUAUUAGGUUAUGUAAAUUCAGCUGUCAAGUUCAGUACUGCUGAAAAUAUAUACAGGUGAAUAUCCUUUAACUUAUUCCUUUUAUUGUGGUGGUUAUUAAUACAAUGUUGGAAUACAAGCUAGCUAGUAGAAAAAUUAAGUCU